UUCACUUUCAUGUGCAACUCCCCUUUACUCAACCACAUUAAUAAAAAAAAAAAAAACUGAACGUUAUGUGAUUCUCACUGUUUCUCUCUAUUUAGAUCUAACACUUUUAAAAGAUUGAAACUUGGCAAGAACCCAUUUCAUUUUUCUCUCUCAAGUUUAAGAACCCACUUCACCAAACACUCACUGGUCCUAUAAAUGCAAUGCCCCUUAUUGUUAGAUCUGAAAUGUUGAAGCUUUUAGGGGGCAGUGAUGUAAUUUGGGCAUCGUUUUGUGUGGAGUGAUAUUCUGGAGAGAUGGGAUCCAGUGGAAGCAAGGCACAUUGUGGUGGUGCCUCAGCAUCAUCAUCAACUGGAAGUGGAAGGAAGGGAAGAUCUAAAGAGAGGAGCAAGGUCUUUCAGUCUGCUUGUUUGGGUUCUUCCUGUGGAUCUCGUGAUAGUACAAGCGGUGACCAUGUUUCUGAUAAUGGGAAUAAAGAAAAUCACGAAGGAAAUGCUUCAGCUGCUAACCAGAAUGAAAUAGACUCGGAAGAGGUUAAAAUUGAGUGUUAUGGAAAGGUUAAAGUUGAGCAAUCUGACGAAAUGCCUUGUGUAUCAUCUGAUGUUGAGCUUGAUGAAUGGAAUCAAGCAAGUAUCACGAAUACUUCCUCAAGAACAGGUAGCAGCUCUGCUCGAGCUGCUGCUCCUACGCAGUCGUUGACCUCUCCAAGUCGGUUUCUUUCUCGCUUUAGUUUUAUUCCUGGUAAUGUGAGCUUUAGGCUGAGCAGAGCAGUGAGUUUAGGGUCAUCAAGGGGAUAUCCCAUUCAUUCUACUAGUCUCAGAAUGUUGGACAAUGAAGACCAGAUUCGCCGUCAUCCACAGUCUGCCAGUGGUGCUGUUGAUGGAAAUGGAAAUGAAACACAACAGAGUAGUGAUUUAUUUGCUACAUCCCUGGUUAAUAGAACUGCUGCGCAUUGUCGUGAACAUACAUCUGCUAGUUUGCAGUUGCAUAGUCAAACACCUGAUCUCUUAGACAAUAUGCAAGAAAACCAGAAUAUUUUUCUCCAUGCAGGAAGAGAUGGCGGUGGAACUAGAGUGGGGGUUGAUGGAAACUUACAUUCUCCUAGAAUAUUCAAUGAUGUGGAUGGGAUUGGGACAAGACUUUCUGAUAGGCGAAUUGGAACACGAGAACCUGCUGAUCGUAAUGUUCGUUUUAGCCGAACCUUGAGUGUUGGAAGGCUUCGUGAUAGAGUUCUUCGUCGGUCAUCACUAUCUGACCUUACAUUAUGUCCCUUGCAACAAGAGAGAGAAAUGAGAGAUUCUAGCCAUGGUAGCGGGAGACAGGCAUUGGGUGGGCAGAUGAGGGUGUCAGAAUCUGAAGGGAAUGCUCUAACCUCUCCAACAGCACCUGGUUAUCCUCCAUCUGGCAUGUCUAGCUCGCUGUUCGGCAUUCGAGAUAAUGAGGUGGAAACCUCUCGAUCAAGAGAAGCCAGGUAUCACGACUUGCUAGAACAUAGAUCAAAUUUCCUUGAACGGAGGAGAAGAAUACGAUCUCAGGUUCGUGCUCUUCAGAGGUUGGGAAGCCGUUUUGAAAACCUGUCUGGACAUGAGAGGUCUUGUAUUUUAUCUGGACAACACAGAACAGGUCGCUGCACAUGCCGUGUACGAGAUGCCAACUUAAAUGAUGAAACAAGUGCCAGGGCUAGCAUAUCAAGAAUUGUCAUGUUGGCUGAAGCUCUAUUUGAGGUUCUGGAUGAAAUUCACCAGCAAUCAGUUGUAUUGUCCUCUCGGCCUUCUAUGUCCUCGCUUGGAUCUGUACCCGCACCAAAUGAAAUAGUGGAAUCAUUGCCUGUUAAAUUAUAUGCCAAGGCCCAGAAACAUCAGAAUGAGGAGACAGCCCAAUGUUACAUAUGCCUUGUGGAAUAUGAGGAAGGAGACAGCAUGCGAGUGUUGCCUUGCCAUCACGAGUUCCACAGAACAUGUGUAGACAAGUGGCUUAAGGAGAUUCACAGGGUAUGUCCGCUUUGUCGUGGUGAUAUUUGUAGAUCCGAUUCAUUGCCUACAGAGAACUAAGGCUGCCAGUUUACAAGCAGCUACUUGAUGACCGCAGUAACUCCUGCCAUCACCAAGUUCUCCAGCACGACAAAAGUCUCAAAAGUUCAGCCCAUUUCUACCAGUACAGGAGAUCUUUCUGUGAUUUCAGUGGAAGAUGAUUGGCAUCAAAUUCUGGUAGAAAUGGACCGAACUACUUGCAUUGGCAAUCUCUUUGUUCAAAACCGUGGUUUGAGGUUGGGUCAGCCGUAUGUGGGGUGGAAUAUUCGUUCAUUCCAUUGUUUUCAUUUGGCCUAGAAAUUUAAACGAUAUAUUCAGAAAAAAGGCCCUUUUAUCAUAUUAAAAAUCAUUGUGUUUAAUAUCACAGUCCAAUUUUUAUUGGUGCUUAUUCUCACAGGGACCCAACAGGUAACGAGUUCUUUUGCUCUC